CGCGCUCUCCCCGCCCCUCGGCGCUCCCCGCACUGCGCACGCGCGGCCGCGCCCGGCCCCGCCGCUGCCCUCAGGCGCCGGCGCCGCCAUGUCGGAGCGGCUGGCCAAGCCCUCCUGCCUCAUCGUCGCCAGCGCCGCCACCGCGGGUGUUUCAGCCCAGUCCUUCCUUCACUGCUUUACUCUGGCCAGCUCUGCCUUUAACCUGCAAGUGGCAACACCUGGGGGGAAGCCCAUUGACUUUGUGGAUGUCAACGAGGGCAACACGCGCUGGAUCCAGGACUUCCGCAUGAAAUCCUACGCCAGCCCCGCCAAGCUGGAGUCCAUUGAUGGGGCUCGGUACCACGCCCUGCUGAUCCCAAACUGCCCUGGGGCCGUGACUGACCUGGCCAACAGCGGCUACCUGGCCAAGAUCCUGCAGCACUUCAGCACUGAGAGCAAGCCUAUCUGUGCUGUGGGACAGGGAGUGGCAGCUUUGUGUUGUGCCACCAAUGAGGAUAAAUCCUGGGUUUUCCAGGGAUACAGCCUGACAGGGCCCUCUGUGUACGAGCUGGUGAGGCAGCCAAAUUUUGCCAGUCUGUCCAUUAUUGUGGAGGAUUUUGUGAAGGAUUCUGGAGCCACAUUCAGUGCCAGCAGCCCAGAUGCUGUCCAUGUGGUGCUGGACAGGCACCUGGUGACAGGACAGAACGAGAAUUCCACCCUUCCUGCUGUCCAGAACCUUCUGAUUCUUUGCAAUGUCAGCAGGAAAUGAAGGAGAAGGUCUGUUUGCAAAGAGGAUGGAUGAGGAGCCAGCAGGCUGAGGAUUUCCAUGGCUGUGACCUGGAUGAAACACCCCUCUGACCCCUGUCCUGGACUCUGAAGUGGCAGUGGAGAGGCAGUGUCACGUUCUGUGUGGAUGGAAUGGAUGAAGGUUGUCAGAAGCAGCUGGGACACCAUGUCCCUUACAUUUUUGCUCCAUUUUCUCACUGCUUCCCUAGACCCUCAGUUUACAGAUGUGGGCAACUGUCUUCUCAAACCCCCCCAAAGUUGGUGCUGUGAAUACAAAUUGCUGAAGCUGAAGGCCUUGCUCUGGGUUGGCAUUGUGCUGGUGCACAGCCUGCCCUUGUUUUCCUCCUGUUCACAUUGCUGGAAUUGUGUGCAGAAAGUUUGCUCAGCUUUUUUUUUAACAUGGUCCUACAAUUGUUUAUUUGUUCUCCUUUGUGCUGCUUACGUUGUGGGUUUUGUUCUCUUGGAAAUGCUCCUCUCUGGGAGUGCACUGCUGCUGUCUCUUGCUGGAAUUUUGUGGAGCAGGGCACUGAAAAAUGCAGGUGGCAAAUGUGGGUCCCAUCUGAGGAGCCAGCUGUAGGGUGGAGCCUGGACUCCUUCCUUCUGAGCUGCAGGUGUGCCUUGAAGCUGAGUGUGGAAAGGAAUAAUAAGACUGAGAUUUAUAAAAAAAUUGUUGCAGUCUCAAACAUGCAAAAUUAUUGGAAAGUAAAUAAAUUAACUUUCAGAUAAUUGAUUUUCCUUCCCUCUUGGAGUUGUGGGCAGCAUUUCUCCAAUGCCCUGAAGAGAGGGGGUUGCAUUUUUGUUUUCUUACCAGGAUAUUACAAUAUUUUGGUUCUAACAAGUCAUCAGGUAGGGAAAUUUUUCUGUGUAAAUCUGUUUUUUUUAGCUCUGUCUCAAGAAUUCAGUAUGAUUUUAGAAGACAGACUACUGUGGGUUUAGCUGGGCCUUCUGCUGUUGCAUUCCAGAGCUCAGCUUACACAACUUUGGCAUUGAUGGAAAUUAAAACUGGAAUUUGAAAUUAAAAUUGUGCUUUGAUAGAUAUUAAAUUAUCAAUUUGCUUUGAUAAUUUAAAUCUUCAUUCCUGACAAGCCAUCUUGGGGAUUUGAUGUUGACACCGUGAGGAAAUACCUUCAGCCUGGAAAGCCACAUCUUGUUUGUGAAGUGGGAGACUGUAUUUCCUUAGGGUCUUUGUUUCCUUGGGAUUUUGCCAAAAUUGCUACAUCUUUUCCCUGCUUACCUGUAAAAAUAGAACAUUGGUGUCUA